AAAUCACACACUAUUCCGAACGACGGUGCAACUUAACACGUAGCUCCUAUUAUUAUCUUCUGACCACCAUUCCAUGGAAGAUAACCCAAAACUUGAGCUUUUGUCAAUUCAAUUCAGGUGAGUUACCUGCUCAGCUGGUUCUUCUAUUUGACCCUAAUCAUCAUCAUCAUCAUUCAGCUAUCAUGAUUCAGAUCGAUAUACCUAUAUGGAUCGAAUGCUCGUUGCUUAAUUAUCUAUGGCCAAUAACAAAAUGCCUAUUACGCCACGUGGAAGAUGAUCUACCUGUUGUCUGAAUCAGAUGAGGAAUAAAUUAUUGCAGGGUUAAAAGAAGAAAAACCCUAAAAUAAUAACAUGACCAGGAAUGGUAGAUUGCAUAUUGACUUGGACGAACUUAGAGAACUAAAAUUGAAGAAAACAACAAGAGUUUAUGAUCAGAAAUGGUCGAUAGCAUUAUUGACAUCGCCAAAUUUGGAGUGACCCCAAGAAAAGGGAUUAAGUUGGUGUUCUUUACGAAACUCAAUUUAAAUACCAAUCGUGGACUGAGUCCCAAUAUCAAUAUCAAUUUCGCAUUUCCUUCUCACCCAUCUUCUUAUCAACCGCUUUGCCAAUACCAUGAUCUAUUUAAAGGCCUGUUUUGGCAUUCAAAUGUACUAAACUCUUUACCAGGAGAAAGAAGUUUCAGGAUGGGCUACAAGAUAAAAGGACACAUUGUUCUUCAGAAGAAGAACUUUCUUGAUUUUCAAGAUCUCCCAGCGAGCAUUGCGGAUGAUCUUUCGGAGCUCGUCGGAAAAGGAGUGUCGAUUAGGCUUGUGGGUUCUAAUGUCGAUCUAAAAAGUGGGUCUGGAAUUCUGGGUGAGCCUGCAUUUCUAAAGAAUUGGAUCUCUAUUCAUGGGCUUCUUGCUGGGGAGAAAGCCUAUGCAAUUGACUUCAAUUGGGAUUCUCACUUUGGAAAUCCAGUAGCCAUUUUGGUCAAGAAUUCUCAUCAUAGUGAGUUCUAUCUCAAGUCCUUGACUCUGCAACAUGAAGGAAAUUCUGUUCAUUUUGAAUGCAAUUCAUGGGUGUACCCUGCCUCUAAGUAUACGGCUGAGAGAGUUUUCUUCUCAAACCAGAGUUAUCUCCCCGUUCAUACUCCCCCUGUUCUUGUCAACUUGAGGAAACAAGAACUAGAAAGCCUGAGAGGAAAUGGGAUGGGAAAGAGGGAGGAGUCGGACAGGAUUUAUGAUUAUGAUGUUUAUAAUGAUCUUGGAGACCCAGACAAAAAUGAAGAACUAAGCCGUCCUGUAUUGGGUGGUUCCCAAAAGCUUCCUUACCCUCGAAGGUGUAGAACUGGUCGUCCACAUACUAAAGCAGAUCCGGCUACUGAAGGCAGACUGCCAUUACUGAAGUUCUUAGACAUUUAUGUACCACGGGAUGAACGUUUUGGGCAAAUCAAAUUGUCUGACUUUUUGGCUUAUGGUCUGAAAUCAAUCGUUCAGUUUUUAGUGCCACAAGUGACAUCUGUAUUCGACUCCACCCCAAAUGAGUUCGACUCCUUCGAAGACAUCAUGAAACUGUAUAGUGAUGGUUUGAAGUUGCCUGAGAAUCAUUUCCUUGAGGCCGUAAAGGAUUUCAUUCCACUAGAACUCAUCAAGCAGUUUUUAAAGACAGAAGGUGGAGAAGUACACAAGUAUCCUAUUCCACAAGUUAUUGUUGCUGACCAACAUGCAUGGAGGAAAGAUGAGGAAUUUGCCCGUGAGAUGAUCUCUGGUGUGAAUCCAGAGUGCAUAGAACUUCUGAAAAGCUUUCCUCCCAAGAGCAAGUUAGAUCCAAAAGAGUAUGGUGACCAGCUAAGUUCUAUCACUGCUGCAGAUAUUGAGAAAAACCUUGAUGGCUUUACCGUGACUCAGGCUCUGCAGAAAAACAAGCUCUUCAUUCUGGAUUAUCAUGAUCUAUUGAUGCCAUAUUUAGAUAGAAUAAAUGGUCUGGAAACAACCAAGACAUAUGCAACUCGCACAAUAUUGUAUCUCAAGGAAGAUGGUACAUUGAAACCAGUUGCAAUAGAGCUUAGUCUGCCUCGAAGCGUUAGCAAAGUAUUCACACCUGCAGAGGAAGGAGCACAAGGAGCCCUGUGGCAACUCGCUAAAGCUUAUGUGGCCGUCAAUGAUUCUGGCGUUCAUGAGCUGAUAACUCACUGGCUGAGAACACACGCAGCCACAGAGCCCUAUAUAAUUGCAGCAAACAGGCAGCUUAGUGCGAUGCAUCCAGUUUACAGGUUACUAAGCCCCCAUUUCCUAGACACAAUGAACAUCAAUGCUCUGGCUCGCCAAAUCCUCAUAAACGCUGGAGGACUACUUGAACAAUCAGUCUUUUCUGGCAAGUAUUCCAUGGAAUUGUCUGCUGUAGUUUACAAAGACUGGAGAUUUGACCAGGAAGGGCUACCUGCAGAUCUCCUUAAAAGGGGAAUGGCAGUCAAGGAUGAUUCAAUGCCCCAUGGGCUGAAGCUCUUGAUUGAAGAUUAUCCCUUCGCAGUGGAUGGACUGGAGAUCUGGUCUGCAAUAGAAACUUGGGUUGGCGACUAUCUGUCAAUCUAUUACAACGAUGAAUUGGUGAAGACUGAUACAGAACUUCAGGCAUGGUGGCAUGAGAUCCGAUAUGUUGGACAUGGAGACAAAAAGGAUGAAUCUUGGUGGUAUAAGAUGGAAACAGUUGCAGAGCUUCAGAAAACAUUAACAACCAUCAUCUGGUUGGCCUCUGCCCUUCACGCUGCUACCAAUUUCGGGCAGUUUGCCUACUCUGGGUACAUGCCCAACAGGCCUGCUGUGAGCAGAAGGCUAAUUCCCCAGGAAGGAUCUCAAGAUUUCACAGAGCUUGUGAACAGCCCAGACACAGCCUUUCUGAAAACAGUUUCAAAUCGGUAUCAGGCCACCACGGGCAUGUCUGUAAUUGAGAUCCUGUCAAGGCAUUCCACAGAUGAGGUGUACCUUGGGCAGAGAUCUUCUCAAGGCUGGACAAAUGAUGAGCGUGUUUUGAAGCAAUUUCAGAAGUUUGGAUCCACACUGGUUGAUAUAGAGAAGAAAAUAAGUGAAAGGAAUGAGGACACCAUGUUAAAAAACAGAAGAGGUCCAGCCCAAGUAGCAUAUACUCUGCUGUAUCCCAGCACCUCUGAUUUUAGCCAUGGCGGAGGGAUGACAGGAAGGGGAAUUCCAAACAGUGUCUCUAUAUGAAGUUUGAACACAAGUACAGUACAAUAAGAGAACAGAGUACAGGCAUAAUUUGACAGUAAUAUUUUACUCUUUAUUUCAUGUCCCGACUGCAUGCAAUUGCAUAUGCUCAGUCUUUUCAAUUGACGUAGAGAAUAAUUAGUGUAGGACCAAAUUUAUUCAUUCCACUUAAAUACCUGCAAAUCUGGUAGCACGGCUGGCUAUCUGUGUGUAGACGGGGAGGUUGGUUAGCAAUAACUCUCAUAGAUACAAUCUCACAAUGAAGACCUAUUGAAAGUUCAAAUGCUAGUCAUGGCCCAAAAUGUGUGUUCUAGAAAUAUCCCCAAGCAUGAUUAAGUAGAGAGAAUACAUAAAUUGACCUAGUGAAAGUUCAAAUGCCAGUCAUGGCUCAAAAUGUGUGUUCUAGAAAUAUCCCCAAGCAGGAUUAAGUAGAGAGAAUACAUCAAUUGAUUGAGGAGAUCUAUCCAAGUUCAAAGGCCAUCCAAAGGCUGAAAAAUGUGUGCUUUACAAAUAUCUCCAAGUAGACAUAAUAAUGAAUACCUCAAUUUACUGAUGAUAUUUGUAGUUGAAUA